AUGGAGCGGGCGCUGGGGCUGCCCGCAGAAGAGGACCUCUUCCACAAGAGCCUCGCCGCCUCGGCCAAGCGCAUGGAGUCCGCCUUCCGCUCGCCCCCGGGGCUCGACCUCUCCCACCCCCGAGACCGCCAGCCCUCGCCGCUCGCCUGCUACGAGGCGGCGGAGCCCGAGGCGCUGCUGCAGCCCGGCGUCGGCGGCGACCCGCUGGCGCUGCCGCCGGGCUCCGUCUGCGUCAAGUACGGGGAGAGCGCCAGCCGGAGCUCGGUGGCCGAGAGCAGCGGCGGCGAGCAGAGCCCCGACGACGACAGCGACGGGCGCUGCGAGCUGGUGCUGCGCGGCGCCGGGGGGGACCCGCGCGUCGCCUCGCCGGCGGCGGGCGGCGGCGGCGGCGGGGGGGGCGGGGGGCUGAAGGCAGCCGAGGGCGGCUGCUCAAACAGCCACGGGCACGGCGGCAGCAAGAAGUCCAAGGAGCAGAAGGCGUUGCGCCUCAACAUCAACGCGCGGGAGCGGCGGCGGAUGCACGACCUGAACGACGCGCUGGACGAGCUCCGGGCGGUCAUCCCCUACGCGCACAGCCCCUCGGUGCGGAAGCUCUCCAAGAUCGCCACGCUCCUCCUGGCCAAGAACUACAUCCUGAUGCAGGCGCAGGCCCUGGAGGAGAUGCGGCGCCUGGUGGCUUAUCUCAACCAGGGCCAGGCCAUCUCCGCUGCCUCUCUCCCCAGCUCCGCGGCGGCGGCGGCGGCGGCGGCGGCUGCGCUGCACCCCGCCCUCGGCGCCUACGAGCAGGCGGCCGGGUACCCCUUCAGCGCCGGGCUGCCUCCCGCCACCUCCUGCCCGGAGAAAUGUGCCAUUUUCAACAGCGUCUCCUCCAGCCUCUGCAAACAGUGCACGGAGAAGCCUUAA